CGAGGGGAGGAGCCGCUGCCUCCGGCGCCCCCGCCGCCGUGAUGAACCUCAGCCGCCUGUACCGCUUGCUGAAGCCUGCGCUGCUGUGCGGGGCCCUGGCCGCGCCGGGUCUGGCCAGCACCAUGUGCGCGUCCCGAGACGACUGGCGCUGUGCUCAGUCUAUGCACGAGUUCUCCGCCAAGGACAUCGAUGGAAGCAUGGUUAACCUGGACAAGUACCGGGGCUUCGUGUGCAUCGUCACCAACGUGGCCUCGCAAUGAGGCAAAACAGAAGUAAACUACACUCAGCUUGUCGACCUGCACGCCCGAUUCGCUGAGUGCGGUUUACGGAUCCUGGCCUUCCCUUGCAACCAGUUCGGGAGGCAGGAGCCAGGGAGUAAUGCGGAGAUCAAAGAGUUCGCUGCUGGCUAUAAUGUCAAAUUCGAUAUGUACAGCAAGAUCUGUGUGAACGGAGACGAUGCUCACCCGCUGUGGAAGUGGAUGAAAGUCCAGCCCAAGGGCAGGGGCAUCCUGGGAAAUGCCAUCAAAUGGAAUUUCACCAAGUUCCUCAUUGACAAGAACGGCUGUGUGGUGAAGCGUUAUGGUCCCAUGGAAGAGCCCCUGGUAAUAGAGAAGGACUUGCCCUGCUACCUCUAGCUCCACAAGUAUGCGCCCCCCCCACGGCCCCUGCCCCUCGGAGCCUUCUACCCGGCACCCAUGACGGUCUGCCUGAAAACCAGCCCGCUGGUGGGGCAGACCCGAGAACUCGGCGUGCACCCCCCGCCGGAGGAAGGUUCCUCGGCCCGGCCCGAGGCUUGGCGCCCCCCCCACCCCUGGUUAUCUUGUGGGAAUAAAACGUACAAAUUGGC